CCCGAUUAGAAUCAACCAAGCCGCGCUAAUACCCACCAGGCAUGACAGGUGGCGCCACUUUAAAUGGCCAGCAAUUUUCCUUCAAAAAUAGCAUAAAAGGAUGAAAGUAUAGAUCCUUCCAAGUUUAAAUUAAGAUUGAGUAAUAUUGUAUUCCCCAAUGUCAGAUACUCCUGGUGGUAUUUCUAACAUGCCUAUUAGUUCACAUCAGUCAUCUACUGGUGCUAAGUCUAAUACUAAACGAAAAGAAAUCUAUAGAUACAAUGCUCCGUGGUGCAUUUUCAGUAUGAACUGGUCUGUUAGACCAGACAGACGUUUUCGUUUAGCUGUCGGUAGUUUUAUUGAAGAGUACAAUAAUAAAGUGCAGAUAAUUUAUCUGGAUGAUGAACAAGGUGAAUUUGUUGUACAGAGUACUUUUGCACAUCACUAUCCAACAUCAAAGAUAAUGUGGAUUCCUGAUACAAAGUGUAUAUUUCCUGAUUUACUGGCAACAAGUGGAGAUUAUCUUCGUGUUUGGAGAGUAAAUGAAGAUUCUGAAGUGAAAAAUGAAUGCCUAUUGAACAACAAUAAGAAUUCAGAUUAUUGUGCUCCACUGACAUCCUUCGAUUGGAAUGAAGUCGAUCCAAAUAUUAUUGGCACUUCCAGUAUUGAUACAACUUGCACAAUCUGGGCCCUUGAAACUCAACAGGUAAUUGGACAUGCAAAUGUUGUCAGUGGACGUGUAGAAUCCCAGCUGAUCGCUCAUGACAAAGAAGUAUACGACAUAGCCUUUAGUCGUGCUGGUGGUGGUAGAGAUGUUUUCGCUAGUGUUGGCGCUGAUGGGUCUGUACGAAUGUUUGAUCUUCGCCAUUUGGAGCAUUCUAACAUUGUUUAUGAAGAUGCAAAUCAUUCGCCACUUCUACGCUUGGCUUGGAACAAGCAAGAUGCCAACUAUCUGGCAACAUUCGCAAUGGACUCUGUAGAAAUAAUCAUUUUGGACUUACGUGUUCCUUGCACUCCAGUAGCUCGUCUAAACAAUCAUAGAGCAUUUGUAAAUGGUUUGGCAUGGGCACCGCAUUCAAGCUGUCAUUUAUGCACAGCAUCUGAAGAUUGUCAAGCUCUUAUUUGGGAUAUUCAGUCUAUGCCAAGAGCAAUAGAAGAUCCCAUUUUAGCAUAUACAGCUGCUGGUGAAAUAAAUCAAAUUCAAUGGUCGUCAACACAACCAGAUUGGAUAGCUAUUUGUUACAAUAAUUCAUUGGAAAUCCUACGUGUUUAACUUUUUACUUAAUUUUUUCUUUAUUCUUUUGCGCCCCCAGUGAAAUAUAUAGGGCUUCAAACUUUGAAGUCUCAGUAUAGCAGUGGUGUUAUUCUCUUUAUACGGAGUGGAGUUGCUAGCCUCACGCGCAAACCUUGCCUCUUUACCGGGAUUACUACUACCGACUAAGUGGUUCAAGAGUGUGUGAGCUAGGGACCGAACUCCGGGCGACCAUUCUACCACUGAACCGCCGACGCACUUUUAUUUAAUAUUUUUUCACUAAAAAACUUGUAUGCAUAAUAUAAUUCUUUACAAGCAAAUGUUUUAUUCAUAUUCACUAAUAAUAAGUUAAAUCGGGUUAAAAAAUAAUUUUUGUUAGUCUUCAAUAUAGAAGUACAUUUCUAUUUUAUUAUA